CGCAUCCUAACCGUGAUUGGCGGUUUCUUCAAUAAAGUCCGUGAUGGCGGCUGGACGAGGGGAGUUUUUUCGGAGUUUCUUGGAGGGUUUGGAGAGGAAACCCGAGCAGCCGGCUCCGGGUAGACGACAGCCAGGUCGUGGUAGAGGAAAGCCGGCUGCGGGCGUUGGACAGUCGGGUCCGGGUAAAGGGCAGCCGGGCGGCAAGAGGAAGAAGAAGAGGCCGCCGAAGGCAGCACCGAGCUCGGUUAGCGGGAAUGAUCACAGCUGCCCAGAGUUACAGAAAACAGAUUUUCCCCAAAUUAAACCUUCCCCAUGUGAGGAAGGCUUAAUGGAAAGGCUGCCGUCUGAGAUCCUGAUUAAGAUUCUGUCGUACCUGGACGCCUCCUCGCUGUUCUGCAUCAGCCACGUCAGCAAGCUCUUCCACCAGCUGGCCAAUGAUGAUGUCAUGUGGCAUAAGAUUUACAUGUCAGAGUUUGCGAGUCAAACGUGGAAGCCAAAGUCGGCGGAUGACGCGGCGCUGAAGGUUGACCCGGUGGAGGAUCGGUUGGCGGGCCACUGGAAGAAGAUGUACUUCAGGACCAUGGCUGGACAAGAAAUGAACAAGUGGAGGAGAGAGCUGAGGGACAUCAGCCCGUACACCGGGCUACCCAGGCAGACCGAGUGGGUCCUCAGGUACGAGAGGAACCUGAAUGUAAGCUGGGAGCUGACGGUGCGUGAUCUGUUGGGACGGGAGCUCACGCUGGAGCAGAGCAGAGCGUACUUCUUCGAGUCGUCUGUGGUCGUCCGCUGGAGUGGAGGCAGCUUCCCCAAAUACCAUCACAUCAGCAACAUCCAGCUGCACGGAGUCAGGAAGGAGAAGCUGAAGAGCCCCAAAGUCAGGAAGCCUGGCUGGCGCUCUCUGAUUUUAAAGCUGGACAUGAAGACUCAGCGUGGUCGGUUCAUUGGUAAAGACAGACUGAUCAAACUGAUGCAUCUGUCGCCCGGCUUCAUCAUAGGCAUCUGGAGGGGUCAGAACAGUGUUGCCUUCAUCAUGGUCAGCCUGCAUUUCCACAAGUUGGUGGAGAGGAGUCUGCUGGGAUCUCCAGUCUGCCCGUACUCUGAGCCUGUGGACCUUCCACCUGUGGAUAACUCGGACCCUGAGUUUGGUCUGCAUGGCUACACUCUGCACUUUGUCCUGCACAACACCGGCACUGAGAUCAUGUCCGGACACUUCCGCCAGCUCUCCUGUCACACAGUUCAGAUCCAGCGUGGACUGGUGGAGCUGAAGGUCAUCAACAGGACCAACUUGUCCCAGCACAGAUCGCUGUCUGGAAACAUCAAACUGCCCUGGAAGAGCGAGGCACUGGAGGGCUCAGUGGAGAACUGCUGCAUCAUAACGCUGACUCUGCUGGACGAGUUCCAGAAACCCUUCUGGUGUGUCAGCUCACCCAUUUGCAUCAUGAUGGCGAAGAAGACGCUGUCCUUCGACUACAGCGGCGAGCACUUUCUGAUGGAGUACCAGAACUCAGACGGUCAGGUGAAGAUGAAGCUGGUCUGGUUGAAGGAGCAGAAGCAGUUCUUCCUCAUCAGCCUCACCGUCUACGUUUCUGUUUUCAAAGUCAACAAGCAUUUCAGCAGAGACUACUGAAGCUAAACCGUUUUGGUUUAUGAUUUUUACAGUUCUGAUGCAGAGACUUUGAGUUUUUCCAGCGUUAAAUCAGUUGUUUACAGUUUUGACUGUUUUCAGUAGAAAAAUACAAUCACAAAUUUCAAGUCAGAAGAAAUGCUUCUAAAAUUUGUAUUUUGUUCAUAGUACAGGCAGUGGGUCACUGUUGUUUUUGUUUCUAUUACACUUGUAGAACAAAAGUAUAAAAUAGUACAAAAUGUAUCAGUGACAAGAGACUAGAUCCUGAAAAAGCAGAACAAAAAGCACUGAAGAUUAAGUUCAUUUUGAAUUUCAGUAUUACUGAGUAUUUAUUAAUGUCAUGUUUUUUUAGUUUUAAUCACAAACACAUGGCAGAAUUUCAUGUGACUAAUUAACUACUCCUUUUUGUAAAAGUCGAACAUUUAUUUUAUUUACAGUGCUCAGAAAAUAAUAAAUCCCUUGUGCACCAAGA